UCUGUCCCUGCAGGCUUUCAUAUCGUAAUUUGUACUGAGAGCAUGUGAACUACGUGGUGAUGGUGGUGGUGUUUUAAGUCAGUGAAUUAGAUGAACUCCCGUGGACAUCUAAGGGUUUGAGGGUGUGGGUAGAGCCAAAGGAAGAAACAGCUUCACAGAUUAACAAAAGUCUGUUUAGAUUAUAUAAUUUGCUCUUGUCUUUGGAUUCAAGUGUGGAAAAGAAUGGACAUGAAGGCAGAAACAAAGGGGGGCAAGGCUAUUACUGGUAAGAGUUUUAGAAGCAGCUCUCCUGAUAGUAUUGUCCACUUCUGUAGCACCUUUCUUCUGAGUAUGUCAAGCGUGUUAUAGCCACUAGAGAAUGAAGCCUCACGUGAUCCCUCUGAGAUAGGUAACUGUUAUCCUCAAUGUACUGGUAGAGAAACAGAAAUGAAAAGAUUAAGUACCAUGCUAAGGUCAUUCAGAAGGCGAUGGCAGAGAUAGGAUUAGAGCCCAGAUCUCCAAAAUGGGCUUUAACCACUUGUUAUCCUUUCUCCCCCACUAUGGUGGAGGAACCAGUUGUAUUGUUGCCACUUAGCCCCCAGAUCUGCCAUCUAAUCUGUGCAGAUUGAACCUCUUGCAUCUCUGCAGAGCUCCCUUGUCUAAAGUGGGCCACUGCACAGGCUAAGGGGUUUUCCAUGUGAGCAGACUGAAUGGCAAGGGGCUUAGUUUCUGAUUUUUACUGAUCAUGAUCAAAUUGCUAAGUGGACCCCAACAAAACGCCUGGAAACGAAAUGCUGCUAAUCCUAGGAGUGGCACUGGAUUUUUCACUUGCACCGGAUAUGAAAAAGAAGAGAUUUUUGCCCUGCAAGAUUAAACAAUCAUCAGGGUUUAGAGGGUUUAAUCCAUUGGUGUGCAGCUCAGAAUGGCUCAUAAGUCUCCAAGUCUGAGUGUAAUUGGAUGCAGCAUCAGAGCCAUUUUUUUAAAAACAUGCUACCAACUAGAAGUGAUCUUUCCUUUGAAAUUUGUUGUGGCAAGAGGCUGUAAAGCUGUCACCCUGCCUGUAUUUCUUCAGUGUCUCGCUGGAUACCAUUGCUGCGGGGAGGGGGGAGUUUUAUUCAGUACAUGAAUUCCGACUAUUGUUUCAGGCACACGUCUGCCUUAAGAAAUAGCACAAAACAGGCCGUUACUUAUUCAGAUGCAGAAGCUCCUUCCAUCACACAAGACAGCCCAUUCAAGUCACAUGCCAGAGGUCUCAGCAGAAUGGGCUGCAGCUGCUUCAAAUCUGCUGUCUAACAUUAGAAGCAGUUGGACAAACCUGAGUACAGUAAGCCUCCCUGCCUCAGAGGAAGACAGGGAAAAGAUUUGGGAUCCAAGCACUAUGUUUUCUGAGGAUCUGUGGCUUGAGAAUGAGAAAAAUUGUGCUGUUGUUCACAAGUCUAAGCGAGGAAGGAAGCGCCAAGAGCUGCUGGCCGUGGCACUGGGGGUUAAGGCUGGAGUAAAGGGGGCAUUAUUAUGGCAACCUCUGAAACUCUUUGCCUAUUCACAGAUCACCUCUUUGGUCAGAAGAGCAGCUUUAACUCAAAACGACAACCAUUUCAACUAUGAAAAAGCACACAAUUUUAAGGUCCACACAUUCCGAGGUCCACACUGGUGUGAAUACUGUGCCAACUUCAUGUGGGGCCUCAUUGCUCAGGGAGUCAGGUGUUCAGACUGUGGGUUGAAUGUACACAAACAGUGUUCCAAAUAUGUGCCCAAUGACUGUCAACCAGACCUCAAGAGGAUCAAGAGAGUCUACUGCUGUGACCUCACUACACUAGUGAAGGCCCAUAACACACAGAGACCUAUGGUUGUGGAUAUAUGCAUUCGAGAAAUAGAAGCAAGAGGUUUAAAGUCAGAGGGCCUUUACAGAGUCUCGGGAUUCACUGAACACAUUGAAGAUGUCAAGAUGGCCUUUGAUCGAGAUGGUGACAAGGCUGAUAUCUCUGCAAGUUUAUAUCCAGACAUAAACAUUAUUGCUGGAGCACUGAAGCUGUAUUUCAGAGACUUGCCAAUUCCUGUUAUCACCUAUGAGACCUAUUCCAAGUUCAUAGAGGCAGCCAAAAUCUCAAAUCCUGAUGAACGAUUAGAAGCUGUCCAUGAAGUGCUGAUGCUACUUCCUGCUGCGCACUAUGAGACACUUAGAUAUCUAAUGAUUCAUCUCAAAAAAGUUACCGUGAAUGAAAAGGAGAAUUUUAUGAAUGCUGAAAACCUGGGAAUAGUGUUUGGACCUACUUUAAUGAGACCCCCAGAGGACAGUACUCUCACUACCCUGAAUGACAUGCGGUACCAGAAGCUAAUUGUGCAAAUUUUAAUAGAAAAUGAAGAUGUUUUGUUCUAAACAAUGAAGAAGUAACUGCAUAGUCAGUUGGUUUUCCUUUAAACUAAUAAUUUCAAAGCAACAUUUCUUUAUAGUUAAAAAGGAAGAGAGAGUUCCUGGGCUGCACUUCAGUUUCUGCAACAUUGCAGAUGAAUGCCAAAAUGUUUAAUAAAGCCUAUGUCUUAUAGACAUACGCCUCUUUUUUAGGGAAAAAAAAGUCAGAAAAAAUCCUUCUAUCUUGUAUCUUUUGCCUUGCCUCAUAUGUAUAUUUGUUUUGAGAAGUUGCAAACAAUUUUACUAACUUAAAGAACACAAAACAUAUUUUAAUAUGGUUAGAGAAGCAAAAUGGUACUUACUCAAUAUUACUUGUAUACAGCUAUACAUUUACCCACUCUGUAAGACAUAAUUAUAUAUGUCAAUUGUGAAACAAAUCCUAUAUUAUGAAGAUCAUUUACUUUAAUUAGCUGCUAGAAUGGCAUUUUAUUUUAGCAAACAUUUCAAUGUGAUGCAUUAUUUUCCAUAUAUCUUCUCCUGCAUUUUUGCCUACAAUAUACUGAAAACGUUUACCAAUUGUGCAGUAUUAUCCUGACAUACCUCUUUUAUUGCAAAUGCUUUGAAAGGAAGUUUUUUUUAAUAUGUAUUCUACCUUUCUUUAGACUUUUGUUUAUAUUUUAGGCAUUCUAAGAUUGCAUAGUACAUUUUUAGUCAUUUGGUAUUUUCUAACAAGUAUAGUCUUAUUUUCUUUUCUCCCGUACAAAAUGUGGUGUUACAAGUUUUCAGAAGUCUGGUGGUAGUAUCAGUUUCAUGUGCCAGAUGUUUCUUGGAGUACAGUAAUGUGUAAGUUAAGUGAUGCUGGGACACUGGAUAUUUUCUGGCCUUGUUAAAAAGUUAGCACUUUUGUUUUGCUUAAUUAUAGUUUUUUUGUAAAAAGCAAUUUGUUUGUCAUGUUUCUGUAUUUAUAAAUGUACAGUAAAUCUGCCGAAAAUGUGAGUGUUUCUCUUGAAUAUGUUUCCUGAUGGUUUGUUUUUUAAAAACAACAAUGUGUAAGAAGUAUGGGAGUUGGUAAAUUUAAUUAUUACCAAAUCUUUGAUUUUCCUCCCUUAGCAAAUAUUGAUCAAUAUGGUUCAUAAUCUAACAAACAUAUUUCUAAUAUUAAAAUGGUUUAUUAGCAUGAAAUUUUUCUAAAAACAUAGACAGGCGGCAUACUUUACUACCAAACUGAAUUUUAUGUAUGAAAAGCUGUAUCUCCUUGUGAUUGUAUGGAUCACAUAUUUGGUAACUCAGUGAUAUUGUUUUCUGAAUUAUUUCAGGGAGCACAGCUUUCUAUUCAAAUUGAAAAUUGUGUAUAACUAUGGUAAUGAAGGGGAUGGAAUACUGUAAAUUUUUUGAUCUUUAGAGAAAUUUUCAAGGGCUAGAUAUAUUAACCCAGAUUGCACAGCAGAUGUUAAAUAGUUCUGAUUUGCUGAUACUACUAUAGAUCCGCCUAAAUUGUACAGGUUUAUUUGUUUUAAGUUCUGUACUAAAUACUGUCAUAAAAAUGAUCUGGAAAUGGUUUUAUUUUGUGAAGUGAAAAAUGCUUUGUAAUUUAUGAUAGUAUAAAUGGAAGAAAAAUCCCAUUAAAUGUGUUAAGAGUU